AUGGCCUUUUAUUUACAAUUUACGGAGAUAUUCGUACAAACACUGUCGUCGAUAUCAGCGGCUCCCAUCAUUGCACUUCGCCGGGGCUCUGCAACAGCUCUGCAACAAUUCAAGUUAAAAAGCGGCUUAGAUUACUACCAAGUGCCGCACCUAAAGAAAGCCUCUCUUCUGGGCUCGAACCCCCGUAUUGCUUUUUUAAACAUGUUGGCGGAGAAUAAACUGAAGAGUCACCUCGAUCGUUUCACAGAAGCGCACCUUCGAUGUAUCUCGCCUACGAGCCACUUGGGAGCCAUGUCGCAGGAGGCCUUCUCUGGCUUCGGCGAUUGGCGCAGAAGCGACGCUGGGCCGACCUCGGCUCUUAAUCCCGCCCCUGUUUGCCCUGUACGUAGUGGAGAUUCGCAAGUCCCAAAGGGAGGAGUGAGCCGAGUCGAGAGGGAUAAGAUGCAAGUAGGAUGCUGGACGGAGACCAAAGGAACCCAAGGAGGUUAUAAGGGUCGGCUAAGGAACGAUGUCAAGAGAUUACACCAACUAAAAUUCUUCCACAGAGGUAAUAGCGGCACGGCCUGUAACCCGCGCUGGGAAGAGUCGGUGUUGAUCGGCCGGACAAGUUCUAACUCCAAGCCCUCCGCCUCCCACACUUUACUAAGGACGAGCAACAGUCUGUCCUUGUUUCACUGGUGCAAUGUUCCCAUCUUGGUCUCUGCUUUAGCAAUGUGUGAUGCCACGGAAGGGGAAGCCCGCUUGCUGAGGUGCCACGACGGGAGCUGCGUGGCCGACGACCAGUUCUGCGACGGAGAGCGAGACUGCCCCAACAAUGAGGACGAGCCGCCACACUGCACGCAGUGCAAUAGAACUUACUACGGCGUCGUGGGCAAGACCUACGAGCUGCAGGUGCACUGGCCGCUGCAGACCAAGCGCACUCCGCCCUGUAACCUGACACUAGUGGCUGCCGGAGGCCCACACGGGGACCUUAUACAACUGGCCUUCCAUAAGUUCUCCCUGGGCAAGUUCAACUCCAAUACAGACCACGGAUGUCCUCAUGGCCACAUGCAAGUCAUAGAGAACCAGAGAAUAUACAGACCUGGCUUCUGGUGCGGCGACGGCGUGGGCCUCGAGAUGUACUACUCGGAGACGCCGUCCGUGUCCGUGAUCAUCACCAGGCUUCCCACCGACAACGACCUCACCGCCCUCGACGCCUUCUCCAGCUUCUACUUCAAGAUGUCCUACAAGUUCCUCCGCCGGGAGUCGGCUGUCGUGCGUUACGGGCUGCCUUCGGAGCCUAAGUACCUGGGCCUCCGCGAUUCCACGACCGUCUGCAACGCGCUCUUCACCAACUGCGACCAGCGUCCGUGCUACGUCCAGUCGCCCAACUUCCCCGGCAUGUACCCCAGGAACACCACCUGCUACUACCACCUGAGCCAGACCCGCCUGAUGGACGGCAAGCGCGCCGUGAUCGCCCUCAGCCAGGACGACGGCCGCCUCGUGCACGUCAAGAGCGCCGUGCAGUCCCACGACACCACGGAGCGGCACCUCAAGCUGUACGAGGAGUGCUACUACGUCGGGGAUUACGUCCGGGUGUACGACGGGCCGUACACGACGUCGCCCGUGCUCAUCACCUUCUGCCGCGGCGCCAACGUGCCCGAGAUCGUGUCGUCGGGCCCGGAUAUGCUCAUCGAGUUCACGACGUCGCCCUACGACUGCCCCCAUCACGAGAUGCCUUGGACGCACGUCGCCGGCUUCGAGCUGAAGGCGCAGACGCGCUUCACGGCCGAAACGAACCUCGGCGAGGACUGCCGCAUGGAGAUCCGGAGCUCGGCCAACCACACGGGCUGGCUGGAGGGCCUUGGCCACAGCGUUCCGCCGAACACCACCUGCGUGUGGCAGUUCCUGGGGGAGCCCGGCCAGGUCGUGUGGAUCACUUUUGCGCAAUACAAAACGCACACACAAGUCAAGAAACUACAGACGAAAUACUGCUCAACUAAGCUGACUGUCAACGACGGCGUGUGGCCCGACGGGGACGAGAUCGCCUGCCACUGCCACGACAACGAGCCCCGCACCUGCGACCGGGCGCGCCGCCUGCUCGACGACUCCAACGUCAGGCCCUGCGGCAGGAACGAGUCGUACAUCUCCUCCGGCAGGAACCUCAGCAUCUCGCAGCUCUUUGGCGACGGAAGCGUGGUGACCAAAGUGACCUUCUUGCUGAGGUACGAGUUCGUGGACCAGGUCCAGGCGGGUGAGUGGGCCGGCGACCCCUGCACGCGCGUCAUCCGCAGCGACGGGACGUCACAGGGCAACUUCACCCUCACGGCCCCGCACAACAUCUUCCUGUACGGCCGCGGAGGAAGCCCGACUCUGUCGUGCUCGUGGCGGCUGCUGGCUGCGGAGGACCAGGUGGUUCGCCUCACCAUCAACAGUAUUCGAACAGGGUUAUCCGAGUGCAGGACGCAAGUGAAUCGCCAGACGAAAGCGCUCAUGUGCGUGCCCCGAGGCCGCGCGCACAUGUCGCUGACGGUCUCAGAGUGGCCGUGGCCAGACAUCGAGUUGCCGCUGGCCUGCGUGUGCUCGCAGGACUCGAUCCCGAUCACGGAGGUGUCCCAUGGGCCCGACCUCACGCUGAACCUCACCAUCACGGGCAUGCAGCCGCACGAGGACUUCCGCCACUACUACUUCAACGUCUCGUACGAGUUCGAGAAGGCGCCGGGGUGCGUGGGCUCGACGCGGAUGCUGUCGGGGCCCGCCGGGGAAAUCGUGGCCGCGUCGUCGCCUUCCUCCGAGAAGGCGAAGUGCGAGGGCUUCCCGUGGCUGCUCAAGACGCCGCCCAACCACGCCCUCUUCCUGACCCUGCCGCGGGCGAGCCUCGACAACGGCACGUGCGCCUCCGACACGCGCCUGUUCUUCCACGUGCCCGGGCGAGCCGAGCCCGUGUACGGCGUGUGCCCGGCGGCGGACCCGGCGGCCGCCAUCACGUUCUUCUGGCCGCCGCGGGAGUGGAACAGCCCGCCGCCGCCGGAGGAGACGGAGGCCAGCGACGCCAACGGCUACGACGACUCUGAGGACGACUUCAAGAGCAGCGAGCUGGACUUCCGGGAGUCGUACGGCGGCCGAGGGUCGUCCCUGGUGGUGGUGUGGGAGCCGCGCAGCGCGUCGCGGCUCAAGCUGCGCUGGCUCACCACGUGGAGUCCGGCCGACCUGGAGGGCUACGACUACGCCUACGCCACGGCGUCCCUGGAGGGGCGCAGCGGCUGGCGAGACCUCCCGCCCGAGCCGCCCUGCAAGGAGCUGUGCCCCGAGUUGGGUCCCGCCUGCAUCCCGGCGGAGCUGUGGUGCGACGGGAAGCAGCACUGCCCGCAAGGAAGCGACGAGACUGUGGCCAACUGCCUGCUCGAGCGGGUUCCUUGGCUGUACCUCACCAUAACGGCAUUCACCCUGCUGACUCUCCUGCUCAUCACCGCCUCUGCUAUUCGCCGCCACCGUCGCCAGCUGGCCAAGAAGCGGCAGCAGGAAGCUAGGAGGGUUUCCACUCAGGAGUCGAUUCUACCGCCGAAAGACAAAAGCUUAAGUGCCUAUGCUCUUGACUAUACCGACAUGGACUUCGAGACUACUGUGUGAAGUGUGCAAGGUCGUCGGAGAUAAUGACGAUGACCUAGUGUGAAAGAUAUAAGAUUUUUAUCUAUUUUAUUUUGAGAUCAAGCUUUCGUGUAGCGUUUCUGCGUUUCGGAUUCGUUUCAACACCGUCAUUCACAAUUUUUUUUUGUUUACUUUUUUUUGCAAUGGGUUUUGUAGGAUCGAGAGCCACGUUUUAUAAUUCAGUUUGCACGGUGAUGUGUUGUCGCGCACCCUCCUCUCAAAGAGAAAAAAAAUUGUGUUUAUUAUCGUUCACGUGAUAUGCUUCCCGGGAUGACCGAGCUCACAAGGAAUUCGCGAGGUCUCCGGGAAAAAAACUUUAUAAGUAUUUGAGGUGACUAAUCUAGGCAGCUUUGGAUGAGCUUUACGCACUCUAGCUCGAGUGCCCUGUUGGAGCGGGGCACGGCUAGAUAGGACUCCUGUUUUCGUAGUAG